GCCGAUGAUGUCGAUCUCUGACGGGGGCCUCAGCAUUAUCGGCGACCUCGUUGUUAUCGACAUGGGCGACAUGGCCAGCCUCAUCCCCGCUCGCUAAAUACUUAUAUCUCACUCGCAGCUGCCGGUCUUCGUCGCCGUCGCUGCCAUAUCUGUUUUCUGGUCUUCGGCACUCCGCUGGGAAGAUUCCGUUGCAGUCCCCGGAGAUCGCCAUCGCCUUCCUAUACUGUCAAUUCACAUGGUCUAUACAGGCCCCACACUAACCGCCAGUCACUUUGAAUCCCAAUUCUCACAAUGUUGCGAGCACUCCGCCGGCCGACGCCGACGCUGCCGGCCCGUCUUGCAUGCAUGCAUACCAAACUGCACCGACCACUGCGAGUCGCUCUCCCGACCAUCCCUACAGCACGUCUUUUCACCUCGCAAUCAAAUAGCUCGCCACUAACGCACGCCGCACAAACAACUACCGUCAACGCCUCAGUCCCAGCGCCGCUCCUCCCUGACACCACCCGCUACAACGCUUUCCUCUUGCAGGCUCUAGGACGGGCUAGUAAGGCAACGGGCAAGGAAGGUGUCGUGGCGCCCGCGGUACCUUUCAGGCGAUAUAGCAGUGAAUCUUUGACGGGAGAUGGCGACGGCACUUGGACGCCGCGACCAGGUGGGGCGUUGAAGAAACCACCACCUGCGAAACGCGUUGUGAUUGUGGGAUCGGGAGGACUGAGUAUCGGCCAGGCUGGAGAAUUUGACUACUCUGGCUCACAAGCUAUCAAAGCUCUGAAGGAAGAAGGGGUCCAAACAAUCCUGGUCAAUCCGAACAUCGCCACCAUUCAAACAGGGAAAGAGCUCGCAGAUGUUGUCUACUUCGUGCCGUCGAAUCCAGAAUACAUCGAGUACGUCAUCGAGAAGGAGAAGCCAGAUGGGAUCCUGCUCGCUUUCGGAGGACAGACUGGCCUGAAUUGCGGAGUGGCGCUGGAGCACAAAGGGGUGUUCAAGAAACAUAACGUCAAAGUGCUGGGAACGCCGAUCAGGACAUUGGAGCUCAGCGAGGAUCGGGAUCUGUUUGCGCAGGCCCUGAAAGAUAUCGGUAUUCCAGUGGCUCAAUCCACAGCCGUCUCCACCGUUGACGAAGCAGUUGCCGCCGCCGCACAAAUCAAAUAUCCCGUCAUCGUUCGUGCAGCAUAUGCGCUCGGCGGUCUCGGAUCCGGAUUCGCCAACAACGAAGCGGAACUUCGCGAACUCGCCACCUCCUCCCUCUCCCUUUCGCCCCAGAUCUUGGUCGAGCGCUCAAUGAAAGGAUGGAAGGAACUCGAAUACGAGGUCGUUCGCGAUGCAGAAAACAACUGCAUUACCGUGUGUAACAUGGAGAACUUUGAUCCGCUGGGUACACACACCGGUGAUUCGAUUGUAGUGGCUCCCAGUCAGACGCUGAGUGAUGAGGAGUACCAUAUGCUUCGCAGCGCGGCCAUCAAGAUCAUCAGGCAUCUGGGGGUUGUGGGAGAAUGCAAUGUACAGUAUGGCCUGAACCCGCACAGUCUGGAGUACGUGGUUAUUGAGGUCAACGCGAGGCUUUCAAGGAGCAGUGCGCUAGCGUCGAAAGCCACCGGCUACCCUCUCGCCUUCGUAGCCGCCAAAAUCGCUUUAGGCGCAUCCCUCCCAGACCUCCGCAACUCCGUAACCCGCACGACAACCGCGAACUUUGAGCCCUCCCUCGACUACGUCGUCACCAAGAUCCCGCGAUGGGAUCUCGCAAAGUUCCAGCACGUCUCCCGCAACAUUGGCUCCGCCAUGAAAUCCGUCGGCGAGGUCAUGGGUAUCGGCCGCACAUGGGAAGAGUCCUUGCAAAAGGCGAUCCGAAUGGUUGAUCCGGCAUUCGUCGGGUUCCAGAGCUUGGAUUUCGGAGACAAUCUGGAGACGGUGCUGCAGCAACCUACCGAUCGAAGGCUUUUUGCUGUCGGCAGUGCCAUGCUUGACAAGGGAUAUACGGUUGACCAAGUGCAUGAGCUGACCAAGAUCGAUAAGUGGUUUUUGGGCAAGCUGGAAAACCUGGUCGAGACAAAAACAGAGCUGGAGGCGUUCGUCGGGCCGCAAGAAGUGCCCUCUUCAGAAACGAAAGACGUUGAUGGGAAACCGCAACCACCUAGCUACGACCUCACCACCGCCACGAUCCCCGUAACUCUCCUCGAACAAGCAAAGAAGCUCGGUUUCUCCGACACACAGAUCAGCACCUACACGAAAUCCACCCCCCUCGGUAUUCGCGCCUUGCGGAAAUCCCACGGUAUCAUCCCGCGCGUCAAGCGCAUCGACACCCUUGCCGCGGAGUUCCCAGCCGAGACGAACUACCUCUACACGACGUACAAUGCGACAACCGACGACGUCACUUUCGAGGACAAGGGAGUCAUGGUACUUGGUAGCGGCGUGUAUAGGAUCGGGAGCUCGGUUGAGUUUGAUUGGUGUGCGGUUGAGGCUGUGAGGAGUUUGAAGCGGUUGGGGUUGAAGACGGUUAUGGUGAAUUAUAACCCUGAGACCGUCAGUACCGAUUUCGACGAAUGUGACCGCCUCUACUUCGAAGAGCUCUCCCUCGAACGCGUCCUCGACAUCUAUGAACGCGAAUCCUGCACAGGCGCUAUCCUCUCCGUCGGUGGUCAACUCCCACAGAACAUUGCACUACCCCUCCAUCUCCUGCCCAACAUCAACGUUCUCGGAACGAGCCCACACGACAUCGACCGUGCCGAAGACCGUGAAAAGUUUUCGCGGACCCUUGACUCCAUCGGCGUCGACCAGCCUGAGUGGAAGCAGCUCACUAGCGUUGAGGAGGCGUUUGCAUUCGCUGAUCGCGUCACUUACCCUGUUCUUGUUCGCCCGUCGUACGUCUUGUCUGGUGCCGCUAUGAAUGUGGCGCACACCAAAAGUGAUUUGCGGCGGUUCUUGGCGCUGGCUGCUGAUGUGAGCCCGUUGCAUCCCAUCGUGGUUACAAAGUUCAUUGAAGGCGCGCAGGAAAUCGAUGUCGAUGGGGUGGCGAGUGAGGGCAACCUGCAGGUGUAUGCCGUCUCCCAGCAUAUUGAGAACGCAGGUGUACACUCCGGAGACGCUACGCUGGUCCUGCCGCCUGUUAUGGAAGGCGAGGUUGGAGCCUCGAAGGAUGGCAAGAUUGGUCUGCGUGGUUUGACACCCGCCAUCGUUGCCGACUGCAAACAAGUCGCGGAGAAGCUGGCCAAAGCAUUCAACAUCACCGGCCCAUUCAACAUGCAACUCAUCCUCCAACGCAGCCCCGUCGGCGAGCCCGCAUGGCACACGCUCAAGGUAAUCGAAUGCAACAUCCGCGCCUCCCGCUCCUUCCCCUUCGUCUCAAAGACCCUCGACACAAACUUCAUCGACCUCGCCACCCGCGCCAUCGUCGCCCCACACACCCUCCCAACCACGACCACCACCGACAGCAUGCUCCGGCCGCGCGCCUACAAAGCCGUCAAAGUCCCCGUCUUCUCCUGGACCCGUCUCGCCGGCGCCGACCCCUCCCUCGGCGUCGAGAUGGCCUCCACGGGCGAAGUCGCCUGUUUCGGAACCGACGUUUACGAAGCUUACUUUACCGCUCUGGCCGCCAAUCACAACUCUGGGUUCAAAACCCUGCCCAUGCCCGCCGGCUCGACCAUCGUUGUCGUAACGGACGAACUCUCCGACCUCCCCGAAGCGGCGUACAUCGUCAACGGGUUCAGGAGCUGCGGCUACCGCGUGCUUGCUGGCACACCCGCGACCCAAUCCGCCUUGGACCCCCAUCUCGGAUCCGAAGCGCUCCACCUCUUCCCAGCAAUCGACAAUGCGAACCGCAAACAGGCCCGCGAAGCCUACCUCUCCCACACCGUCUCCCUGGUCGUCUCCCUCGGCCGUAAGAAGGCAAUGAGCGAUGCCCCGACGACGCCUUCGGCAUCCAAACCGGCGGCCGUGACUGACCCGGCUUACACGCUCCGCCGCACGGCUGUGGAUCUUGGCGUGGGGAUGCUGAAUGAACCGAAGGGGUGUGUGGUGUUUGUGGAUGCGUUGAAGCGGUAUGUGGGUCCACCCGAGGUGCAGGUGGAGAGGAAGAAGAGGGCGGUGAGGAGUUGGGGGGAGUGGGUUGGGUUGGGGGCGUAGAGAGUGAUAUGGGCUAGGGGGAAGGGUUGUAUCUAUGUGAUUAGUUACUAGGGAUGUACUGUACAUAGGGGUAAGCGGCAAACUGUCCAGGGUUUGUCAGAUGCCCCCACCCGGCUGUAUUCUCUCCUGCCUCUCCCCAUUGCUUUAGCUCUUCUACAUAUAUCAUACACACUGCUUGGAUUUCUUUCAUAUAUAUGAUUCAAACCAUAAAAGCGUACCAUGGGCAAG